AUGUACAGCUUCAAUACUCUUCGACUCUACCUUUGGGAGACCAUUGUAUUCUUCAGCCUUGCUGCUUCGAAGGAGGCUGACGCUGCCCGCUCCGCACCCAAGCCUAUGUCACCCUCGGAUUUCCUGGAUAAGCUCAUGGGGAGAACCUCUGGAUACGAUGCCAGGAUCAGGCCCAACUUCAAAGGUCCCCCGGUGAAUGUGAGCUGCAACAUUUUCAUCAACAGCUUCGGCUCCAUUGCUGAGACAACCAUGGACUAUAGGGUCAACAUCUUCCUGCGGCAGCAGUGGAACGACCCCCGGCUGGCCUACAAUGAGUACCCGGAUGACUCUCUGGACCUGGACCCAUCCAUGUUGGAUUCCAUCUGGAAACCUGACCUGUUCUUCGCCAACGAGAAGGGGGCCCACUUCCACGAGAUUACCACAGACAACAAACUGCUGAGGAUCUCCCGGAACGGAAAUGUCCUCUAUAGCAUCAGAAUCACCCUGACACUGGCCUGCCCCAUGGACUUAAAGAAUUUCCCCAUGGACGUCCAGACGUGUAUCAUGCAACUGGAAAGCUUUGGCUAUACCAUGAAUGACCUCAUCUUCGAGUGGCAGGAGCAGGGAGCUGUGCAGGUGGCAGAUGGACUAACUCUACCCCAGUUUAUCCUGAAAGAAGAGAAGGACUUGAGAUAUUGCACAAAGCAUUACAACACAGGGAAAUUCACCUGCAUUGAGGCCCGGUUCCACCUGGAGCGACAGAUGGGCUACUACCUGAUCCAGAUGUACAUUCCCAGCCUGCUCAUUGUCAUCCUUUCAUGGAUAUCCUUCUGGAUCAACAUGGAUGCCGCGCCAGCCCGUGUGGGCCUGGGCAUCACCACUGUGCUCACCAUGACCACCCAGAGCUCUGGCUCCCGAGCAUCCCUGCCUAAGGUGUCCUAUGUGAAAGCCAUUGACAUUUGGAUGGCGGUGUGCCUGCUCUUCGUGUUCUCAGCCCUGCUUGAGUAUGCCGCUGUCAACUUUGUGUCUCGGCAGCACAAAGAGCUGCUCCGAUUCAGGAGGAAGCGAAGACAUCACAAGAGCCCCAUGCUGAAUCUGUUCCAGGAGGAUGAGGCCGGAGAAGGCCGCUUCAACUUCUCUGCUUAUGGGAUGGGCCCAGCCUGUCUGCAGGCCAAGGAUGGCAUCUCAGUCAAAGGCGCCAAUAACAACAAUACCACCAACCCCCCUCCCGCACCGUCUAAGUCCCCAGAGGAGAUGCGAAAACUCUUCAUCCAGAGGGCCAAGAAGAUUGACAAAAUAUCCCGCAUUGGCUUCCCCAUGGCCUUCCUCAUCUUCAACAUGUUCUACUGGAUCAUCUACAAGAUUGUCCGCAGGGAGGACGUCCACAACCAGUGA